CAGUUAGAAUAUCAAUCGAGACUCGUUAGUGUGUUUGCACUCAGCGGGCUCUAGGUUUGCGCUCGUCUCGACAAAGUCGGAGCGGCGCGCACCGGGCCGAGUGACGACGUGCACACGAGACGCGAUCUCCUCGAGCGCUUUAUAACAACGCUACCGCAUUCGAACAACUCAGUAUCCAACAGGUAUCUGCUUAUUCAAAGCGCUUCAAACCAACUACUAAAGUUACCUCCAACUGUGCAACAAUGGCUCCCAUCGAGAAGAACGAACAACCCAAAUACCUGGAGGGCGACAUCAAGGCAUCGGCUCUCGAGCUGAUUGGCAACACACCCCUCGUGGCAUUGGACCGCCUUUACACCGGGCCCGGACGCAUUUUGGCAAAAUGUGAGUUUAUGAAUCCUGGUGCAUCAAUCAAGUGCCGCUCAUCGUUGAGCAUGAUUAAUCGUGCUAUUGCAUCUGGUGAGCUGAAACCUGGUGAACCUGUGGUGGAAAUUACCUCCGGCAACCAAGGCUGCGGUCUGGCUGUGGUGUGCGCUGUGUUGGGACAUCCUCUGACACUCGCCAUGUCCAAAGGUAACAGCGCUCAAAGGGCACUUCACAUGGAAGCUCUUGGUGCAAAAUGUGUUCGAGUAGAUCAAGUUGAAGGCACUUACGGAAAUGUAACUUACGCUGAUGUUAAAGCUGUUGAAGAGGUUGGCAUGAAAAUAGUGGAGGAACAGAAUGCAUACUUCGUUAACCAAUUCCACAAUGAGGCCAAUGCUGAUGCUCACUACAAGAGCACGGGACCCGAGAUCUGGAAGCAGACAGGACACCACGUAGACGCUUUCGUAGCGACAGUGGGUACCUCUGGUACAUUUGCUGGCACCUCAAGGUAUCUGAAGGAGCAAAACCCUGACAUCAAGACAUAUGUCGUGGAGCCGGCUGGUGCUGAAGCUAUCGCGGGGUGCCCAAUCACGAAACCUCUUCACUUGCUGCAGGGAUCAGGAUAUGGUUGGAUUCCUGAUUUGUUCAAAUUUGAGCAUAUGGAUGGCACAUUGAGUGUGACUGAUGAGGAGGCAGUAAAAUAUAUGAAGUUGGUCGGUGAGAAGGAAGGUCUGUACGUGGGCUACACUAGUGGCGCCAACGUGGCGGCUGCUGUCAAGUUGUUGGAGUCAGGGCUGAUCCCUGAGGACGCGUGGGUGGUGACUCUACUGAACGACACGGGUCUUAAAUACACACCUGUGCCUGAGGAGUUAUUCAAGUGAGAAGUAUUAUAUCUAUUCUACGUUAGAUGAUAGUUUUAAGAAGUUUAAGUUAUUGCAAAUUAGUUUAAGAUAAUUAUUU